UCUGAGCGCUUCAUUGACCAAUCACAAAGUCGAUGCAAAGCGGCCGCGUAUGUCUCAGGGAGGCGUUGGAGGCUCAUUUCUUCAGAGGAGAAUUCAGUGUUUUCAUCAAGAUGCAGUUCAUGCUCUUAUUCAGUCGGCAAGGAAAGCUGCGGCUUCAGAAAUGGUACGUGCCAUUGUCUGAUAAGGAGAAAAAGAAGAUCACUAGAGAGUUGGUGCAGACGGUCCUAGCUCGAAAACCCAAAAUGUGCAGCUUCCUGGAGUGGAGAGACCUGAAGAUUGUAUAUAAGAGAUAUGCCAGUCUGUACUUCUGCUGUGCCAUAGAGGACCAGGACAACGAGCUCAUCACGCUGGAGAUCAUCCACAGAUAUGUGGAGCUGCUGGACAAAUACUUUGGCAGUGUGUGUGAGCUGGACAUCAUUUUCAACUUUGAGAAGGCUUAUUUCAUCCUGGAUGAGUUCUUGUUGGGCGGCGAGGCUCAGGAAACGUCCAAAAAGAACGUAUUAAAGGCCAUCGAGCAGGCCGACUUACUGCAGGAGAAUAUAGACUUUCAGAUGCGCCUGUUCUCAGGUGUGAUGGUCCCAAACAUGGUCUCUGAGUCUUCUGGUCUUUUCCAGACCAGCUGAGAAGAAGAGCAGAGGAGGUGACAGCAGAGGAGACACUGCUUUAAUUACACAAAUACAUUGGCAACAUUUGGUGCUGAAAUGUUGUCAACAUUGUUCAAUGAAGACAGUGUGCAAACCUUUGCUUCAACUUUUGGCACGAUGUUUCUAAAAAUUGGAGGGCCUUGGACUUGUAGUUUCAAAACAGGCAUCAAUAUUGUUAGAUUUGUCUUAGUAUCAUAUCAAAGUUUACCUUUAUGGUGUCAUUACAUCCCUAGUGCUUUUAAAUAAGAAAUUAAAUGAUGCUGUAUAUUGUUACAUAUACAUACAUAUAUUAUAAGUGUUACAAUUUAUGUCCCAGGUGUUUUCAUUUACAAAUUGUUUAAGCCAUUUCAAUUAUGAAGAAAUCUGAACUGUUCAGGAGACAUUUUUUUUUUAAGGGUUUUCUUUUUCCUUUACUUAGACUUCAGGGCACAAUUUAAUGAAGACAUGAAAAAUCUGAGUUCAGUCUGAGCAAAUGUAAUCAAAUGAAUCUGCUGAAUAUCAAACGUAGACAUGAAAGCAGUCUGGAAUGUGCUUUAGAUCAGGUAAGUAGGGAAGGUAAUAAAAAAUCAAGUCAAAUGAAGAUUAUUUUUUCUUAUUAUGCUGAUUUGUUUCUCUGUUCAGGAUGAGAUGAUUUGAUUAAUGCCUCUCUUAUUCUGUAAACUAAUAUGAAGCUUUAGCAAAGAGACAGCCAGAAAAGCUCGACAGACAGGCUGAAAACAGGGUAGAUGGAUUUCCUCACACAAGAGAAAACAGGGUAGAUGGAUUUCCUCACACAAGAGUUUCAUCCUGGAGUUUGUUUCCUAAGUGUAUUCAACCUUUAAAAAGACGAGUUUCUUUACUAGAAAUGUUUGUUUGUGUUUGUGUUUGAGCGUAGUGUGUUUGCAGUGACCCCCCUCCAACCUGCUGCACUGUUUCCUGCAUGUGAAUAAAGUCUGAACGAGGCGGCUGCUGUCACUGGAUGUUGUGUUGUUCUCUAAGCUGUGUGUUUCUCUCCCUCAGCCCCGUCAUGAGUACUUUAAUGUGCCUGUGUACUGACUGGCUGCCAUCACUGCUCCUCCUGCUGCUGCUGCUGCUCUCCACCCUGCAUGCUGAGCUCCUCAGUGCCUGACACCUUUCUGUCUGCACCCUCCACAACUCUCACUUUCAUUGUGCGGAGGAUGUCAAAAAAUAUUCUGAGCUCACAAUUCAACCAGAUACAUGACAGUCAUGACGGCAUAAAGUUUAAGAAGUAAAAAUGUAUACUGGAUAAGACAUUUCUUAUGGCACAAUGUACGAGGAGAUCCGUGCAAGUUUUUCACACAUUUUGUCUGAAUUCUAUAAUUGAUAUAGUCUAUGGUGAUAUAUCCAGAAAAUGACUGUCAUUUGUCCUCUAAUGGUUUGUUUCAUUGCACCAUUUCUCCACCUUUUUAUUUCUAUUUUCAAAAUCUGGGUUGCUUCGUUUGCCAUUCUGACCUCAAAGUUUGUUAAAAUGUAUUUAUAUAGCUUCAUUUAUAAAUCACAAAUUUGCAUUAAUGGUGCAAGCAAUGUGAGACACAAAAGUGAUCUUUGGCUUUCUAAUGUUGCCAAAACUAAAAUCUUUCCUCAGCCUGAACAAUUAGUUUGGUGCCCGAACUUUAAGUUUAGGAAGGUUAAAAGAAACAAAUGUUGUGGGUAAAAUCUGUCCCUUUGUUGUGUUUUUGCACAGCUCAGCAAAUUCACGCAAAGCCAAUCCCUGGGCCAUUUUCACAACAUUGCAUCUUUGGCCGAUCUCAACCUUUUCCAGACACAGGCGUCAACAUGUACAUCACCAAACUCACCUCUUUGUUAUUCAAAAUCAAACAGUGACCCAAAUAACAAGAAGAAAAGUGUGACUCUACUGUCGUCAAAGACACGUAGAUUAGUGUUUGCACAGGAUAACAUUGUAACGGGCAACUGAUUGCAAAAUUUGUUUUUUAAUGGCGAUCAACUUUAGUUUCAUUAAAUCUUUUGAUUUUUUUGAGAGAAAUUGAGCAGAAGUGAUGUCUGAAGACAAACAUCCAGCUCAGCCAACAGAUGGACAUUAUGAAAGUGUUUGAUCACGUCUCUCAGAGUAGAUGUUACACAGAAGAAAGACCUGAAAACAUUUCAACUUUAAAAAGAGAUCCUUAAAGUUAGGCUCAAACAAUCACAGAAGUCUGCAAAAUCCUAGAGGGACUGAACAUGAUGAAAGAGAAAGAGAAAAGGUUUGCAAAUCUAAGGUUAGCAUCUGAAGACAACAGUGAUGUUUGAUUUUUUUUUUUAUCCAUUUUUCCAUUUAUGUUUAUCCAUGCUUCUAAGACCAGGUGAAGAAAGUCUUCAUCCUCUGUGUGUGCACAAAUGUGUCUGACUGUGUCUGACUGAAAGGCACGAGUAUUCAUGUAAACACUCUCUCUUGAUAACACACUCUGAUCAGCUGAAUUCUUGGUGUUUCUUGUGUUAGAUCCCAGGUUAAUCUCCUUCACAGUCAGUCGUUAUUUUGUCUUGAACGUGUUCAUCCAGCCAGUAUUGUCUUCACUUAAUGGCUCCUUGAUGGUAGUGUUUUUGUGUCUGACAUCAUCAGCCAUGAGGGAGGUUAACUGCAUUACCAGUCUGGUGUUUCCCUUCUUCAUUUGGUUUGUGUAUUUAUGGGAGUAGUAUCAGUCCGUCUCAUGUCAUGUAUAGCUUCACUUCAUAUCAUAUGUGUUUAAUCGUAGGUAUUUAUAUUCUAUAGUUCUCAAGUCGUUAUAAUGAUUAAAAUAAUCCUAGCUCAGACCACAGCACAGACUAAAAGACUUUUAAAUGAUUUAAAGACCCUGAUUAUCUCCGUUUUAAAUAACCUCUCCAGGUAAGUAGUUUUAGUGCAAUGAAUGUUGAAGAAAUGUUUGUGUUUGCACUGAUUUAACUGAAGCUCUUAGACUUUUUACUUCCUGAUAAUUGUCAUAACUAUCAACAUUUAAACACUCUUUAAAUAGAAGUUAUUCUUAUUAAUGAAUCAUUAAAUACCCACUUACUUACAGCACUUCAAUGUUUUGUUUCCUUCUAAAGACUGUCAUGAUACAUUGCAGAUAUUUUAUUAUUGUAUAUAACUGAAAUAAUAAAUUCUUUAUGAUUCUUUGUCAUAUAA